AUGAACAUGCCUGAACAGUCUGACAUUCCAGGGGAUGGCACGUUGGACGAACUGAACAAGAUCAAAAUGAAAAACCUAUGUUUUCGUAAAAGAAGUAAUGAGAAUGUUAACAGUCCAGCGAAUUUUGAUUUGUCGGGACUGAAUACUCCAGUCGAUGAGUUAAGCCAUGCAAACAUACAGAACCUGAAUGUUAGUGAUUUCCGCAGCCUCACACAGCAGAGUAAUCGUGAAGAUUGUUACUCUCGUAUUGAAAAUGUUAUGAGGUUAAAAUCCAUGUAUAGUGAAGCUAUUAAUGGGGUUUUUUCUGCAGAACCAAAGAAUAUUCUCAUUGUUACCAAACCCAGGAACCACUCAUUGGUAUAUUUAACCGCGGACAUAACAAAAUUUCUGCUUUCUUCGACUUCGCCUGAGUCGAAAGUGUUCGUAGACAAACGGUUGGCAAAUUCCAAAAGAUUUGUCGCAAACGAUAUUCUGAACGAUUUGGAAUUGCAUGAAGAUAGAAUUGGAUUUUGGACUCCUUACAUUUGCUUAAUCAAACCAACAAAGUUUGAUUUGAUUAUCACCGUUGGUGAUAAUGCUACUGUUUUGUAUGCCUCUUGGUUAUUUCAAAAACUUUGUCCUCCUGUCCUGACUUUAUCCGAUACUGAUGUUCCCGGAUUCUUGACUCAUUUCUCUGCUGCUGAGUAUAAAAAGCAUAUCAACUAUAUGCUUAACAGUAGAAUUUCAUUACGCUUUUCUUCUCGACUAGAAUGUUCAUAUCACAAGUACAAUGCAGAAACAAAGCAAUACUCUCACGUUUCUACGAACUACGUUUUGGACGAGAUUCAGGUCUCACGUGGUGAGCAUCCUUACAUCAGCAAUUUAAACCUUUACAACAACUCAGAGUUAAUGACGAUCGUUCAAGCUGAUGGACUAAUUGUCUCUACUCCAACCGGUUCCACCAACAUGUCUAUGAAUGCUGGUGGCUCUCUUGUCCAUCCUGCUUUAAACGCUUUAUUGAUUACUCCUAUCUGUCCUCAUUGCCUAUCGUUCAGGCCAGUAAUUCUUCCUGAUUAUUCGGUUAUAAACAUUGAAAUCCCCUUGGAUUCUCGUGCUAGUGCUUUUUACUCUGCUGAUGGGCACAGCAAAACUGAAAUGACUCGCGGUGAUUACUUGUCUAUUGUGACUUCGCAAUAUCCUUUUACCACAAUUCAAAACCCGCAUAAACAAUGGACAAAGAUUCUUGAAGAUAAACUGCGAUGGAAUGUACGAGAAAGACAAAAACCUUUCUCUAGAAAGCAAAGCAUGAUUUUCAAUAAAGACACCACUGAUGAUAAGUUUGAUAUUACUGAAAAUUCCUACAACAGAGAAUCUGCAGAAAACACCUAG